AUGACGUGGCCCGACGACGACUGGUCCCUGAGCAACUCGCAGAUCACUUGGUGCAGCGGGACGAUAUCGGGCUUCGCGGCGACGCUGUCGAAGCAGCCGAUCCAGCGCGUCAAGUGGAUCCGGCAGACGUCCGAGGGGCCGACCCGCGCCUACAGCGCCAUCGUCGCGGAGACGGUCCAGACCCGGGGCUACCGGGGCUUCUUCGCGGGCUCCGCGGCCGCGGUCUACCGCAACGUGCCGCACUCCGUUUUGGUCUACAGCCUGUACCCGCACGCGGCGGCCCUGAGCCGGCGAUGGCUGAGCCGCGACGGCGAGACCUUUUCGAGCCGCUUCGUCGCGGGCUACAUGACCAUGGUCGGCGCGACGGUCGUGACGCACCCGCUCGACACGCUGCGCGUCCGCGUGUCCGUCAAACAGUCGACGCCGACGUCGUCGUUCCUCGGCGAGGCGGCGGCGCUCCGGAGGGCCGAGGGUCUGGCCGGCUUCUACGGCGGCUUCGGCGCGACGCUCGUCGGCGCGGGGCCCCGGGGCGCCAUCGGCUUCGGCGUCUUCGAGACCGCGAAGCCUUUGGCCGCGGAGCACGAGUGGCUCCGGGAGCGGCCCGCGCUGGCCAAGGUCGUCUGCGGCUACGUCGCGGGGCUCUGCUCCGAGUCCAUCAUCUACCCGCUGGACACGGUGCGGCGGCGGCAGCAGGCCUUCGGCGCCGCGCACCCGAUCAACCGGCUCUCGGUCUUCGCGGCGCUCGCGUCCAUCUUCCGCGCGGAGGGCCUCGGCGGCCUCUUCAAGGGCAUCUCGCUCAACCUCAUCAAGAACCCGGCGGCGACGGCCGUCUCCUUCACGGUCAACGACGUCGUCAAGGACUUCUUGGGCUACCGCGCCGACGGGGACGACGACCUGCGGCGGACGGCGACGCUGCCGCUGCCCGUGGACAAGGACCCCCUCUCGCGCAGCGGCAAGCCGCCGCCCUAG